UGCGCUGAUGGGCCUGCGCCUUUGUGCGGCCCGCGCGGCCAUUGGCCGCCGAGUGUGGGAACGGCCGCGCUGCCCUGGCCCCAGGCGCCAGCCCGCCGCGCGCGCCUAUAUAAGGGCCCGCGCACCGGGCCCGGGACGCGCCGGCUCGCCCGCCCGCCGCCCGCACGCAUGGCCCCCAGCACCGUGGCCGUGGAGCUGCUCAGCCCCAAAGAGAAAAACCGACUGCGCAAGCCCGUGGUGGAGAAGAUGCGCCGCGACCGCAUCAACAGCAGCAUCGAGCAGCUGAAGCUACUGCUGGGACAGGAGUUCGCGCGGCGCCAGCCCAACUCCAAGCUGGAGAAGGCGGACAUCCUGGAGAUGGCCGUCAGCUAUCUGAAGCACAGCAAAGCGUUCGUCGCCGCCGCGGGCCCCAAGAGUCUGCAGCAGGACUACAGCGAGGGCUACUCGUGGUGCCUGCAGGAGGCCGUGCAGUUCCUGACGCUGCACGCGGCCAGCGACACCCACAGGAAGCUGCUCUACCACUUCCAGCGACCCCCGGCCGCGCCCGCAGCGCCCGCCGCGCCCGCCAAGGAGGCCCCGCCUGCGCCCGCGCUCACCCCGGCCAAGGCCGCCGCCGCCGCCGCCGCCGCCGCCCGCCAGCCCACCAGCGGCCUCUGGAGGCCCUGGUGA